AUGUUUCACGUUGCCGUGGUUGUACCAUGCCGAUGUGCUGUGCGCUUUGCGAGACCUGACCGAGAUCAAAACGAACAAGAAUUGAAAGAGAGAGAAGAGUUCGCGCGAACAUGUUUCGAGACUCUACUGCAAUACUCCAUGCUUGAAGAUAUCGACUCUUUUGCUGGAGUUGAAGAUGACGCAGAUCCUUUAGCGAUAGUGGCCCUAUUAGACAGGUUCCACGAGGUCAUAUCAAAAUACACACAAGACGAGGACAACACCGAGCCACUGCCCAGGCACCAGCUGUCUGAGAUAUCGUUCGUGCUGAAGGCAGUGGCGACCCUCACCGACUCCAUGAAGAAGGCACCGCCAGGGAAAGUAGACGCCGUCGCCUGGCAGAAGUUAAUAGGCCUGUACCCCGCGCUGGUAGUGCUGGCGGCCAGCGGGCGCGCGGGCGGCGCGGGCGCGGGCGGCGGCGGCGCGCUGCGCGAGGCGCUGCUGCAGUACGAGGCGCUGCUGCGGGCGCCGGCGCAGCUAUAGCGCAGCCACACGCGCCGCCUCUACACCAUACACAUCUAGCGCAGCCUAGCACGGCCCCGCCGUGACCUCAGAACUCAAGCGAAGUCGUCGAGGCGCGGACAUAGGUGGCGCUGCAAACUCUAACUAUAUGUAUAGAAUAUAAAGAGAACUGUAUGAAAUAACAUUAAAUAGUUAUUUAAUAUAAUAUAUGAAUUAGUGCUGUUUCCAAUAAGUUUUUGUUAGAUAGUUAAAUUUUAUAGAUAGAGAUAUGUAUGUUGAGUCGAAAUGCUAUAUUAUAGUUAUGCUAACGUAAAAACAUCUACAGAUGGGGCCCAACAGGGCCGAUGCCGAUUCGGAGUCGCGGAGAACCUAACGGGUAACCGGGGCUCCGGCUCGACGUGCAGGAGAAGGAACGGGGUGGUUUUAG